CGACGCACGACGUCCCUGCCGUCCGGCUUUAGGUUGCUCACGGUCAUCAUGGCUACAUUUUGGUAGACCUUUAAAGGUCGACUAUGGUAUACCAUCACAAAACCUUUAUACAACUUUUAAUACCGUGUUUUAGUAAGCCAAUCAGAAAAUAGUACACGGCACAGCGAGACGUGAUUUGUGAAAGUCAUGGACUAGUUGUGGUUCUGAUUUUUUUUUUGCCAUUUGCCAGCAAGCCAGUUGCCCGGUCGAACCUUCGUCACGACUAUAGUCGAAUUUAACUACUAAACGGUAAACGCUUUGAAAAAGACAUUAACUAACGAAACAGAAUAGGUAAACGACUAAAUAUUUAAGCUAUUGCUUAAAGUAAGACCUACUGAGAAAAAUAUACAAAGGAUAAAUAAUGCCACAAAAAAAGGACACUAAAAAUAUUAAAAAAAAACUUGAAACAAUUAAUACCUUGAGACAUUAUUUUCCAUCUCUAUUAAUAAAGUAUAACCAGUGUCUAAGUCAAUUGCCAAAAGACAAUAAGUUGACCGAUGAAAAUCUUAUGUCUGUGUUCAGGAUAAUGUGGACAAUUAAUAUGUUGCUCAAGAGUUAUUUAGGCAGUGAUGCGGUCAGUCACAGUGAACUAAGACAUGAUAUAGAAAGUUGUAUUGAUAUGAAAUCAGUUCUAAAAGAGGUGUAUAAAACUCUCUGGAAGCUCAACUCUCUAUUAAUUUAUGAGUUCCACUUCGAUACAUGAAUUCAACACAAGGAUAUUUAAAUAACAGAGUGACAGUUCAAAACAAAAUCGUAAAAUGGAAACAUUUUUUAUUUACUAUAACUUUAACAAAAUAUGGAUGUAUACAAAUUUAAAAGAGUUACUUAUCAAUUAUAAUUUAUUAAAGUAAAUUACUAAAUAUGUUACAUUGUCUAAAAAUUAUACUAAAGAACACAUUUAUUGUUAGUUGAAUUAUCCACCCAGGUCACAAAGUCUUCCAAGGUCUAAAACUCUAAACAUAUUGUUCAUUCAUUUUUUUUUUUUUUUAUAUUUAAUCU